GCUUGACAGCUGCAUCAUCAUAUCGAAUCUUCUACGCGAUGGCCUCACCCGCUACUACACAGUCCGCACCCUCACAACCGGGGGCACCCGCGAUCCCCAACCUCAAGGACAGGAUCCCAAAGCUCGAACCUCGCAGGCGACGAACGACACAGUCGAAUCCCACUCCCGUACCCAAGACUCCCAGUCUGCCCGCGCCACCCGACACGUCCGACUGGACCUACAAGAUCCCCUCGCGCAGGAUAUUGUCAAGGAAAGACCACGAGCUGUUCCUGGAGUCCCCGACAUACCAGCUGGUCACGGCCUGGGUCUUUGGCCUGGCGGAGGCUGUGGUUGAUACACCGUGCUCGGCCGUUCGCGAUGGCGAUCUCAGCGACAAGGUCAAGACCAUCUUGCACAUUCUCGACGAGGCGGAGCAGCUCGUGUCCAAAUCCCCUCCAAACGAACAGGGUGGCUCGCGUUUCGGAAACAAAGCCUUUCGUGGAUUCCUCGACCUCGCCAAGGACAACAGCUCAGACUGGCACCGCCAGCUUGGCUUGGACAAUGAGGAUGCCCUCGCCGAGGUGUCCACAUACUUCUGCCAAUCCUUCGGUAACGGCAGCCGCAUAGAUUAUGGUUCUGGCCACGAACUGAACUUUAUGAUCUGGCUUCUCAGUCUCUUCCAGCUGGGGCUGCUGCAAAAGUCUGACUUUAAGGCUAUCGUUCUCCGCGUCUUCGUGCGGUACCUCGCCGUGAUGCGAGUUGUCCAGAUGACCUACUACCUGGAACCUGCUGGGUCCCAUGGUGUCUGGGGACUUGACGACUAUCAGUUCUUGCCGUUUCUCUUCGGCGCUGCACAGCUAUUAUACCACCCAUUCAUCACACCACGCGCCAUCCACCAGGAUCUCACCUUGGAAGAGUUUGGAGCCGACUUUAUGUAUUUGGGCCAAGUUAGCUUUGUGAACAGUACCAAGACAGUCAAGGGCCUUCGAUGGCAUAGUCCGAUGCUCGACGACAUAUCGUCGGCAAAGUCGUGGACCAAGAUUGAUGGGGGCAUGCGCCGAAUGUUCGUGUCGGAAGUAUUGGGCAAGCUGCCCGUCAUGCAACACUUUCUCUUCGGGUCACUGGUGCCGGCGGCUGACGGUAUGAGCGAGGAGGAUGCUAUUGGUGCUGCCGAAGAGGAAGCAGGACCUGAAUCUUCCGACCCGCAUACGGGACACGCACACGAGGGGAAGGGCUGGGGUGACUGCUGCGGCAUCAAGGUACCGAGCAGUCUUGCAGCUGCUCAGGAGAUGAAGAAAAGGGGCGUAGGGGAGAGCUUGCGGAGGAUCCCAUUUGACUAAGCGCUUUGUAAGGCCUUAGAGGUUCUCGAAGCUGGCAAGACAGGAUGUUGUAUUUACGUCACAUGCAGCCCCUGUCACUGAAAUAACGAGUCAAACACGAAUUGCUACGAGUGACCUGUCCCAAAGCCCAAUAUAUCGUUUUUAGUGACAAGGCGUAGUCAGUUGUGGUGUUCAUCUUGGAAGGAGAGUAAUGGUCGCCGAGUCCUGUACUGUUGGCAACUUCUCUGGCUUCUAGAAUCUACGAACAAGAAAAUUUAUAGCAAUACCAUUCGAUUUUAU